CGGAUGAGGUUGAGUCACCGGCGUUGUUGACGUCACUCGAGCUCUGAAAAUGGCUGAGUCGGAAGAGGAGGUGGAUGUCUUGGUCCAGAGAGUUGUGAAAGAUAUCAAUAACGCUUUUAAAAGAAACCCGAACAUUGAUGAAAUCGGCCUGAUUCCGUGCCCCGAAGCCCGGUACAACAGAAGCCCCAUCGUCCUGGUGGAGAAUAAGCUGGGAGUGGAGAGCUGGUGUGUCAAGUUUCUGCUGCCCUAUGUGCAUAAUAAACUCCUGCUGUACAGGCAGAGAAAGCAGUGGCUUGAUCGGGAAGCACUGGUAGAUAUAACCUGCACAUUGCUUCUCUUAAACCCAGAUUUCACCACUGCGUGGAAUGUCAGGAAAGAGCUCCUGCAGUGUGGCGUGUUAAACCCAGAGAAAGACCUUUACCUGGUUAAACUAGCACUAUCUAAGCAUCCUAAAAGCCCAGAGACAUGGAUACACAGGCGCUGGGUGUUGCAGUGGCUGCAGAAAGAGGGCUCUCCCUCUGAACAAGAACUGAAGGAUAAUGCUGAACCCAGAGAAGAUGCUGUGAGGAGACCGUGUGAGAGGCUGCAGAGAGCCUUGCAGGAGGAAAUGAGGCUCUGUGCAGAUGCGGCCGGUCGUUACCCCAGCAACUAUAAUGCUUGGUCCCAUCGCAUCUGGGUAUUGCAAAACAUGGCUAAAGGAAAUGUAAAGGUUCUGCAUGAUGAGCUGUCCUCCACCCGACUGUGGGUGUCCAUGCACGUGUCCGAUCACAGCGGCUUCCACUACCGUCAACACCUGCUCAAGGCCCUGGCCAGGGAGCUGAGCCAGCUCGGAGAGACGGAGCUGCACCCCACCCAGCAGCCCAACGGAGAGAGCACAGCGGGUGCGUCUGAUGACAAUCACCAUAAUGACGUCAUCCCUCAGCUCUUCCACGAGGAGAUGGAGCUCUGCACUGAUCUCAUCGAGUCCUAUCCGGGCCACGAGACGCUGUGGUGCCACAGGCGACACGUCUUCUACCUGUGGCAGCAGUGGCGGAGGGAGCACCUGCAGGGGGCAGAGUCACAAUCUCCACCUCUCACCCACACCGAUGUCCUCCUCAGCAAGGAGCCCUGUGAUGACAGCAGCGCCUCCCAGACCAUGGAUGUUGACUGUGUUCUUGAUGGGAGCAAACACGGAAGCUACACGCAGGACACCAAACGACUAAAGCGGGGACCACUGCUUCCCCACCCCGCACUUCCCUCCGAGCACAUGUUUGUCUCUAGAAUCCUCACGGGCUGCCGGAGCACCGAGCAAAACCGCUUUGCCAUUGCCUACAGGAAGUGGCUGGACUCAGUUCUAGGUCAGUAGAGUGAGAAAUGCUCCGCCCACCAUGAUGUGGGAGAACUGUGAUAGGUUAACUUAUUUCCGGCUCCAACCGCCCACACCCGGUUCUCUGAAAACCGCUGGACUUGGCCGGUUUGUCAGAGCUACUCUGCCAGAGCAAAUUCCCGCUCCUGAUGAAAACCCAUGGCCUGUCUCGGCAGUCUAAGCCUGGUCUGUUUCAGCUGUUUAGUUCAGGUACUGGAUAUCUCAGGUCUGUUUUCAGUGUGCAAUCCUCUUUCCUCUAUCAAAACUUUUUUUUUUUUUUUUAUAGUUUUGUUUUUAUGUUGUCUUCCACCACAAAUCAAUUACAGUAUGCACUCAUCAUGUUGUCUGCAGUUUUACUAUUCCUGCCGGGAAUCUUAAAUGCACACUAUGGUGCACACUUGAAGGGAACACUGAGAGCCCAAAGUGAUUCUGACCCAGUUUCCCUCUUUUGUUUAAUUGAGGGUAGACUGGCACUUGAAUCCAGUCUACUGCUCCUCUUUGAACUUUUAUACAGAAGCGUGAAUAUUUUUCAACGAUUACCUAGACGUUUUGGUACAAUCAGUAAUGUGAGCACAAUCAUUUUAAAGAUUCCUGGAGCCAUUUGAUAUGAAAUAUUAGGGCUAAAAACAGGCAUUUUCAUAAGUUUUAAUAAUCUUAAAUCAAUAAAAACAGUCACAACAGACAGAAUUUCUAUGCGCUGUCCUCAUUCAGGUGAGUAUUUGUGUUAUAUGACAUAUCUGUUGCAGGGUCAGCAUGUCUUCAGUUAAUGCAGAUGAUUCUUGGGGGUUUGAGAAUAAAUGUUCCUGAAGCACAUCAUCAAGGCCACAUUGUCACAUGGACUAGCCUCAGCAUUUAAGCACAAGUUUUGGGUUAUAGCUCAUCCAGGUGGUCUCACAGAUUCAUGGGUUUUCAUGAUGGAAGGGAAUAGCAGAAGAAGGAAUAAGAGUUUUCUCAGCUUGGCCCAAAUGUGGCUGCAGACAUAAGAUGCUGCCACAUUCAAGCCCAUCUCGUGCAGAAUGGUGCUUAUUCUCUGCACUGGGGGAGUGUGGACCCCUGAGGGGCCUAGGUUCACAAAUGCUGCUUUUUGUUUAACACUAUUUUGAACUUAAUAUAUUUAUGCAAAUAUAAAAAGUGAAAUGUUGUUAGCUUCACUUAUGUGAUGAUUUAUUAAAGCUAAAAAGCUUUUAGACCGUUAUGGUUGACUCACUGUUACUCCGUAAUUAUUAAACUUGUAAUAAACUUUGAAGUUUCGCAGGCUCAGUCUUGCAUUGACAACUUAAUUCUUUCACAGCUUACUUGGAGUAGGUUGUGAAAAUCUGAUUAGAUAUUAUUAUCUCUCUCUCUUUGGAUUAGUACAUAUGCAAAACUAUUCUUGUUAGGUGAAAUCAUUUUAACAUGUCUUUCAACAUAUCUGUAAGACUUGCAGAGUUCGAUCUUAAGUUUCACAUCAUGAGAGGUAUUACUGUUCUUUUUUUUUUUCUUUUUUUUUUUUUUGCACAUUUGCACAAGAACUAGAUUUAUGAAAGUAGUUGAGUUACAUAACUUCUAGACUGACUCUCAGACUUUAUAAAGGGCCAUGUCAGAGUGCUUUUUUCUGUUCCUGUAUGUCUUGGAACAUAUAUGUGUGUAUAGAUAACAGCUUUUUCUAACCUCCCUUACACCUGCUGUUAAACAAACUGCUCCUAAUAGAGUCCUGUACUGAAGAAUAGUCUAAAACUGGAAUGCAUCUGCAACAAAUGCCUUUAUUUUUUGUCACUUUGACCUGAAUAGUUAUCUGUUUGCAUGUACAUUGUGUAUUGGGAUCAAGGCCACGUUGUCAUUGUAUUUGAUUAUUUUUUAUUAUUAUAUAUAUAUAUGACCCAUACAUGCAGAGACCGAGAUACAUUGCAUUGAUUUUUGGCUUCCUAAACAAUAAACAAUUAGCAUUUUUAUAAUAAUGCUUUAAGUAGUUUUAAUGUCUAUCACCUUCUAACUUUUAAAAUCUUAAUGGACAGUCUUACCAGUUAUAUUGUUGAAAAUGUACAAAUUACAAUAUCUAUGUCUUUAUCUAUUCAGGGCUUUCCGUUUCAUACAUCACCUUAGAGGUUUUAAAGAUGUGUACAUUAAUGUGAAUUACACUGAGGAAGCACAUAGUAUGUCCGGUUGUCUCAUGUUUUUUUUUUUAAUUGUUGUAAUGUCAGUUCCUUGUGUGAAUACCAAAAGUUUAACAGCAGUUACACCGUAAAGCAUAAACGUGGAUUUGAAAUGACUAGUACAUCUAUGCAGAUGCAUGACAGAGUUCGUUUCGCUUUAGAAAGAACAAAUGUAGCCUAAGAUUUUGUAUUUUCCUGAUAGGCUGAUAAGGUACUGUAGGUUUUUACAGCCACAAUAACCAACAUUUAUAGCAUCUCAUCCAUUAUGUAUUUUAUAUUUAUUUGUAUUAAAAACUGUAAUGACCGUAGUUGUUUUGUCCGUUGUCUACCACGUUAAAUAAAGCUACUCUGAAAAGGUCCA